AUGGAACUUAUAGUUUCCAGGGGCUGUUACCGGGAUACCACCGUAAACAAUGCCUCCAGGAGCCGCAUUGUUCUCUCUGCGGCAGGCGGGCUCCCAAGCACCAUGCAACCUAUGACAAAAAUAGCCCCAGGGGUGUGGUACUGGAAAGAGGAUACCAAAACACUUGAAUUUGCAAGCUCCAUCCCCGCCGCAGAUGCUAAAGAGAAACUCAAGAAGGGCAAAACCAUCCAUUUUCAGGAAAUGGGUAGUAAAACACUAGACAGAUCGACUCCUAGUAUGUUUCGAGAUUUGUUUGGUGCAAGAUUCCCUGAGAAAAGAAUGAAUAUACAAGAAGAGAAAUCCCCUAGGCUGUCGAAGCGGGGACAAAAUGCGUGUGUUACAUUAGACGAUGUUAAAUAUGCUGCUUUGUUUCUGGUACAAGAAGAUGAAUCAUAUCAUAUACCUUCUUUUACAGCAGUUAUGAGGAGUAAGCAGCUGGAUGAGUUCCUCAUGGCUCUGCUUUUCUAUUUAUCGUAUUAUCUGGAAAAAAUUGCCCUGGAAAAGAAACCCAAAUCUUUUAUGGUAAACCCCAGUGUGUUAGACCAAAAAGAACAGGAGGAGACAUUGGCUAAGCUAACAGGAACCAAGAAACACCUUGCCAAGGUGUACUGCAUCCUUAUUCUUGGACUAGGAAUGGCUGAGCAGCAUCACAUGGCUUGUGGAAAGAGAAAAACAUCAUCAUCACAGAAGGACCGAGAGUUCUUUGAGUGCUUCUACAACUUCUGUACAUACGUGGCCUGGGUGGUGUUCAGACGGAAGCACUUCCAAGAGAUUCAGGAAGAAGUGGGCAGGCUUCUUCGCUCUGACAUAUUUAACCCCGCGUUGAGAGAAAAGAACAGCCCCAACCUGCAGAAAACAGAUGUCUCUGCCGAUCAGAGGAAAGUUAUUUUUCCCUAUCACAGGAGUGUAUAUGCCAGACGCCCAGCGAUAAAGAGUGUCAUUGGCCAGCGCUCGCCGGUGCUCAGUACGCUACUGCCCCUGCCCAAAGACAACGCUCAGUAUCUCUUCCAGACCCAUUACCUGCAUCGGGGCAGAACCCUUCCAACCUGCAGCAGCAGGGACCUGCCGGACUACUCAACUGUUGAGCUUACACCCAAGGUUGGCAUCAUUGGAGCCCUUCGCAGCAAGUUCAAUCCCCACACUCUCAUGCCUAUUGGGGUGAUAGAGGAGGAGGAGGAGAAGAAGGAGGAAGAACAAAGAACAAAGAGAAACAGUUUCUUAGCCAGUUCAUAUGACCUGGCUUUGUCGUCCCACAGAGGCACCCAAGUUGGAAUCAGUCGCCCGAGCAUGGUACUCUCAAGAGCAACUACGGAGGGGGACUACUCUGAGAAUGGUUAAUAGAAAUGGCGCCCUCUAGCAUUGAGGGUAAUUCUAGCAUGAGUUAAGUAAACCACUUUGAAGCUUCAUGUUUAAGAGCAGAGGCCAUUUGUUACAGGUAGCACAGCCUAGUGAAUAGGGCACUGGACUAGGACUAGGAUUUAGGUUCUGUUCCCGGCUUGGCCACUGACUUGCUGUGUGACCUUGGGCAAGUUAUUUCCCCCCACUUAGUGCCUCAGUUUCCUCAUCUGUAAAAUGGGAAUAAUGAGACUGACUCCCUCUGUAAAGCAUUUUGAGAUCUAUGGACCAAAAGAGCGAGGUAUGAUUAUUAUUUAUUCCUUUAAAAUUUGCAUUGCGAGAAGAUUCCUAGAAGGAUUAAAAGUUCUGGAAUUGAUGGUUUUACGGGAAUUUCCUCUUACAUGUUUAAUAUAGUAUGUUUACGGAUUUUUGAUUUCCAGAGAGUUUCACUGGGCUUUGCACAUAUGCAUCUCUCCAUACUAAUGCAUGACAGAUGUUGAUAAAUGAAUAGCAAAGAUGAAUACCACUAUUUAAAGAUAUGGGGCAGAUCCUCAGUUGUUGUAAAUCAGUGUUGCUACACUGAAAUCAAAGGAGUGAUGCUGAUUUACUCCAGAUGCAGAGCUAGCCUGCAGUAUUUAUUAUAUAGCAUUUAUCUCUCAUCUUUUACUUUCACCAGUGGGGGAAAAUAGGUCCUAGAAUUCCAAACAUCAAUUCUUGGAAAGUCUUGGAUUCUGUGACUUUCAGAGUCCUCCAUGACAUUUUCCGCUUCAGCUCUGGGACGGCGGGGCUGGAGCUCCCAGCCAUCAUGGGGACCCUGCAGCUCCAAACUGCCAGCCAUAGAGCUCUGAGGGACUGCAGGUGGUGGGGGCCAGAGUUCCCAGCCUUCCCAGCCACCAUGGGUGGCGGGGGCCCCCCGGAGCUUCCAGCUGCCACAGGCAGCAGGAGCCCCACAGCUCCCAACCGCCACAGGUUCCCUGGAGCUCCCAGCCUCCAGACUGCAGUGGGGGCUCAGGAGUUGUCAGCUGCAGUGGCAGGUGUUGGACCCCUCUUCCCACAGCAGGGGUUGGGCUUCAGUCAUCCCUUUCCCCAUGGGGCUCAGUCAGCCUCCAGUCAGCACCCCCCCUUAUCUUUAGUAAAAGUCACAGACAGUUCAUGGGCUUCCGUGAAUUUUUGUUUAUUGCCCGUGACCUGUCCGUGACUUUUACUAAAAAUAACCAUGACAAAAUCUUAACCUUAGCAUAAGAAAUUACAAGGGUUUACCUAUAAAACUGUCCGUAUUCUGCUACCAAUACCAUUAGCAGAAAACCGUGGUGAAAUCCUGCCCCUUUUGAAGUCAAUGGGAAUUUUACCAUUGAUUUCAAUGGGACCUGCAUUUCACCCCCUUGGUUCUAACAAUGAAAGAAAACCAAAGACAGGUAGAGUUUUCUGAGAGCCGAGAAGAAAACUUUAACAUCUCAGUGUAUUGUUUAAAAUGCUAUCUAUGGGACCGCUGCGAUUUUCUCAUGUACAUAGAUGUUGAAUGCGACGUGCUUUGUUCAGAACAAACACUUCUAUAUUAUGCAUUUCUGCAUUGGUUUAGGGAGGGCAAGUUAGUGAGAAGACAAAUACACAAGAAUCGGAUAUGGGCCUAGGUAAAUGUCCUUUUCUCAUGAAAAACAGAUUGCUGCUAGAAUAUAUAGCAGAAGUUCCAAACACCUGCCCCCCCACUGAUGUAUUUAUCUCAUCCUCAUAACCUUCAGGUUUUGCCAAUAUUAAAGUUUUAUUUUUAGAAAAGAAUCAGUAAAGUAAGAUUGCAUCGUGUGUAACAUGACCUUAAUGCUCUCACAUAUGGCCUGAAAAAUAGCACUGAGAGGAGGCUGGAUAGCUCACUGAUCAGAGUCCAAUGAUGACACUUCAAGGGCUAGAUUUUCUAAAAACUUGGUAGGGCCAGUGCACAUACAAAAUGCACAUACUGCUUGGUUUUGGGAGUCUCCAAAGUCCUCUAUGUGGUGUAUUGAGAACUGUAUUGAAAUUGUAGGUUGUCACUUUAAAUGGAUUUUCCUGGUCCUGCUUGCAGACUAGGGGUUUCUGUAAGGAAGCAUGUGAUCUGGGUCUAGCAGCAGUCAGUCUGGAGGCAGACAGCCUAUAGUAAGGUGAGGUGAAUUGUGCCUCACUUCCUUAGGGAGCAGUCUGAUUUCUUUCUGGUCUUGGGCUCUUAUAUGUUAUCAUUCUGAAGAAAUAAAGCUGUUUUUUGCAACCUUUCA